ACUCCAUUUAACAGCGCAUGAGGAUAUUCUAUCGCUUGUUAAAAAUGGCUGACGACACGGUUAAAUGUUAUUUGGAAUGCUGCAAAUCCAGUCAUCCAAAACUACCUCUUCCACACAACGUGCCUGUUAUUAUAGGGAGGACACCAGAGCUUGGUAUUACUGAUAAACUUUGCUCAAGAAGUCAAUUGGAGUUGACGUCAAACUGCUACAAAAGAUAUGUUUUAGUGAAGAGACUUGGUGCAAAUACAUCACAAAUAAAUGGAAUUGACAUUGAAAAAAAUAAAUCCUCGCGUUUGGAAGAAGGGCAAGACCUUCAUGUUGUUAAUGGGAAAUUUCCACACAGGGUUUAUUUUACAGGUUGCCAAAAUGAUACAAAAACUGAAAAAGCUGUGGUCCCUAAACUCCCAACCAAAAGUACAGGUCUUACAAAAUCUGACUUGUUCAUAAAACAACCUGAACGAAAGAAAUUAAAAGUUUCCGAAAACAAGUCUAAAGUUUUGAACUCUAAAAUUAAACCUCAGGAAAAAUUCAGCAGUGAAUCUGUGUAUGCGUUUGAUUCACCAAGUCCUAUGAGUUCACGAUGUGAGAAAAAGGCCGAGUCAAAUAAAAGAGCUCCAACACAUAAACACUGGUCACAAGGAUUAAAAGCUGCAAUGGAAGACCCAGAACUUGUGGUACAGGAAGAUGAACAGAUUGUGGUUAUUAAAGAUAAAUAUCCAAAAGCAAAAUAUCAUUGGUUAAUUCUACCCAAAGACAGCAUAUCCAGUACAAAGAAUUUAUCAACAGAUAACAUUGAAUUACUUAAACACAUUUUGAAGGUUGGUCAAGAACUAGCAACUGAGGUUAUGGAUAAACAACCAGAUGUGGAAUUCAGGUUUGGUUACCAUGCUGUAGCUAGCAUGAGUCAAAUGCACAUGCAUGUUAUCAGUCAAGAUUUUCAAUCAUCCAGUUUUAAAACAAAGAAACAUUGGAAUUCAUUCACCACGGAUUAUUUUGUUGACGCAACGGAUAUAAUAAACGAAUUAGAAACGGGAGGAAAAGUGAAAGAUCGACGAACCAUGACCAGUUUGCUUAAUGAACCGCUCAAAUGUCAUCGUUGUAAGAAACCACAGAAAAAUAUUCCAACUUUAAAGAAACACAUUGAUUCAUGUCAGAAGUAAAUCAUUACCAACAAUUUACUGUGAUUGUUUGCUCUCUUAUACAAUCAGCUUGAAUUACUGAGAAUCCAAUCCUAGGUUCCUGAUACAAACAUUGUGUAUCGAUUUAUGUUUGAUUCUAACGAAGUUACUUGUUUCCAUGACAACCCAUUCAUCCUUUUUAUUUUGUUGGGUACUUUAGUUAUUGAAGAUAACAACCUGAAAAUGCACAUCAUAAAGACAGUAGAUAAAACAUUUUAAAUGUCUUGAAAAAAAAUUCAAAUUAAUUUCCAU